AUGGCGACCAACAAGCAAGGCAAAAUGAUCAACUACCGGAUGAGAGUAACCCUCAACGACGGCCGGCAGAUGACGGGUCAGAUGCUGGCUUUCGACAAGCAUAUGAAUCUUGUGCUCGCCGACACGGAAGAGUUCCGCCGCAUUCGUCGGAGACAGGCCAAGCCGGCCGCUGCCAGCGGUACCGCCUCGACGACACAGACCAUUGAACAGGAGGAGAAGCGCACCCUCGGCCUAACUAUUGUCCGCGGCGCGCAGAUCGUGUCGCUCUCUGUCGAGUCGCCGCCGCCGGCAGACCCAAGCGCACGCCUGGGCAAGGCGCCGACUGGUGGUGUGGCUUCGGGUCUGACUGCAGGUCCAGGUGUCGCGCGUCCGGCUGGUCGGGGCGCCGUACCCAUCUCGCUGGCGGGUCCCGCUCCUGGCGUUGGUGUUCCUGGCCAGUCUUUCCCGCCUGGUUUCCCUGGCGCACCCGGUUUCGGCCGUGGUGCUCCUCCUGGAUUUGCCCCUGGAGGCUUCCCCCCCGCAGGCUUCCCCGGCGCUCCUGGCUUCGCACCCCCCGGUUUCCCCUCUGGCGGUGCUCCGCCCCCGGGAUUCAACCCUCCCCAACGGCGGUAA